GGUCCAUUUCAUCCCAGCCAACGUCCUGGAGAAUGCUGGUCUAACCACGCACGCACAAGGGUCAAGUCCACGCAUUAUCUUUGCUUGGAACCUAGAAGAGCAGGUAAAGCUGGUGUAUAGCAUACAGUUUCUUGUAUAUCCUGGGAUGAAGACGGACUUCAUUCAGCUCCUGACGCUGCUCCUUACUGUCCAGUGGGUCUUUACCCUGGAACGUAGUGGGUGCACAGGGUCAAGAUGUGACUUUGUGUGUGACUGCUUUGACUGCAGCGAUGAGCAGGACUGUGGUUACAGGGGGAGGGAUUUUGUGUGUGAUUUUGAGGAUGUAAGCAUGUGCGGCUGGACAGAUAAGUCUGCUGAAGGUGAUGGGUACAGGUGGGAGAGACGUCAGAGGGGAAACCCGCUGCCCAGCAGUGGACCCUCAUCUGACUACACUGUCGGCACAUCAACAGGUUGGUUCAUGGCAGUGACUUCAGUCAAUGCAAACUCUACAAGAACGGCUGUCCUGGUGUCUCCCACAAUGAAUCAGUCCUCCCCAACCUGUCGCCUUCAACUCCGCUACUUUAUGUGGGACUUAAGUUUCAGCGUGCUGGAAAACAGCAGUCUUUGGGCAGAAGUUUGGACUCCUGAGGGCCAGACUACUGUGGUUUGGUGGCCAGAGAGCUCAAGUGUACGUGCAUGGAGGGAAGGCAUCAUCUUCUUGGGACGCAUACCUGGACCCUUUCAGAUCCAGCUACGGUCACAGCGUUCAAAUGGGAGGAGUGGAGACAUAGCCAUUGAUCAGCUGGAGUUCAUGGACUGUGCACUCCCAGAAGGCACUGGGGUUUGUGGGUUGGGCCUUUUCCAGUGCAGGCUGGGAGGCUGUGUGGAUGAACAUGCAGUGUGUGAUGGCACAGAUGACUGCGGAGAUGGAACAGAUGAGGAGAAGUGCGGAGAGUAUAUGCAUUGUAACUUUGAGGAAGACCAGUGUGGAUGGGAUUUAAGAUCGUUUUCAUCACUGAAGUGGACGUGGACCAGUCAGGUGAAUAUCUCACUGUCUGAGGCUCUAAAAGGCCCUGGAAGAGACCAUUCCACCAAUUCUGCUUCAGGUCAUUUCCUGUAUGUUACCAAACCAGCUGUGUUUAAGCAAGAUUGGGCAUCAUUUCAAAGCCCUCCUCUGGAACCAACUAGUAGCUUACGUCCUUGUCGUAUGGUGAUGUACACACACCAGUUUGGUGGCAUAUCCGGAGGCCUAUCAGUGCUGGUGGCAGAGAAAAAGAUUUACCCAGUGUGGGAACGUGGGGGCUCCCUGGGUAAUCUAUGGGUGAAAGCUGAGAUAGAGUUUGUAGUCAACAGCACAUUUCAGAUAUUGUUUGUGGCUGCGAUUAGAGACCAAGCAUAUGGAGGCAUUGCUGUAGAUGAUAUUACACUGUCCCCGGAUUGCCGUUUGGCCAAUGCAUCAGUUCUACCAGAGUCUUUUCCCAAACCUCCCAAAAAACCUUGUGCAGAGGCCAGCAAGAUUUGUGACUUUAACUUGGACUGUACGAAUGGAGACGAUGAAGCACAGUGUGGAGACUUUUCAUAUGAGCAGGGUGGCAAGGGUUGGACAGACACAAGUAUUGGAAAUCAAGGCUGGAGGCUUAUGAACGAUACUGACGUCUUCUUAUAUGUGGCUGAAGCUGCUGGUCAGCAGCAGACAGAAGCUCAAACACGCACCCCUCUACUCGGCCCGUCCGGCCCUGCCUGCACUCUCAGCUUCUCCUACAGCCUCACAGGCAACAACACACACAUAGGUGAAGUAUCUGUUAUCGUGGUAGACAGUGUUUUGGGCUUUCUGCCUCGGCUGUGGGAGUUUGCUGGUAGGACAGGUGAAAACCAGGAAGAAUCAUGGGUAAAAGAGGAGGUCUAUAUUGGUGCUAGAGAUCACCGCUUUCAGCUGGAGUUCAGAGGUCAUGCUCGUAACCUUUACUCAGAAACAAGAAUAGCAGUGAAGGAUGUGCGUUAUGUCAACUGCCACCCAGGGUACCUUCCCUCUUCUACUGAUAGUCUAUCAUGUAACUUUGAGUCUGACUUAUGUGGAUGGUACCAAGAUCAAAUGGACAAUUAUGACUGGAGUGUUCAGAAUGGCCUUGACCACACUAUUGGAAGUGGUAGAAGUAUGGCGGUAAAUAUGUGGAACCCGACACUACGUGGUCUCUCAGGUCGUCUUCUUUCACUCCCCCAGAAGUCACUGGAUGCACAUUGUCUCUCAUUCUUCUACAGACUUCAUGGCCCUCAAACAGGUGCGCUUAAUGUUAAGUUGCUUUUCAAAGAUGGCUCAGAGCAGUUGUUAUGGACACGGUUUGGGGCCCAUGGAAAUGUGUGGCAUGAAGGACACUGCCCAGUGCCUCAACAGCUUACUGGCUACCAGCUGGUAUUUGAGGCAGUGCGCUCAGGUUUUGAUGGACAAGUGGCUAUAGAUGAUGUGGCAUUUGUAAAAGGCUCAUGCUCUCUGCCCACUAUGUGCUCAUUUGAGGGUCAGCGCUGUGACUACACUAACAAUAGAGAUGGUCUCUGGGUCCAUCAGUCUUGGGAUACAACAAGGACUGGUCCUAAGACCGACCACAGUCUCGAGACAGAGAUGGGUUACUACAUGCUAGCCCACAGCGGUAUGGACGUCCUUCCCCAGGGCAGUGUGACGACUCUCACGUCUCCUGUACGCCGUGGUUCGACUCACACUGAGUGUGUCUAUUUCUGGUACAACAUGGGGGGACAUAACCCAGGUACUCUGAGUGUAUAUGUAAAGCCUGCUGAUGGGGAGAGAAUCCUGCUGUUCUCCAGUAGCAUAAAUCAGGGACACAUCUGGCGCCAUGGCAUGGGCAAUGUUAGCUGGCCUGGAGAUUGGCAGUUGCAGUUUGAGGUGGGAGGAGGAGGAGGAAAAGAUACUUACUUUGCUAUUGAUGACAUCAAUUUCUCAACUCAUAGCUGUCCUACAACAGACAAAGUUUGUGAUCUGGAGCGAGGUCUGUGUGGAUGGAGCAACACUCAGAACCACCAGCUCGAUCUCUUAGAUUGGGAACUAAGCAACCUACUUUCUGAAACACAUUACUCCACUCCACUAUACGAUCACACCCUGCAGAAUAAGAAAGGUCACUUUCUUUUCCUUCCAAACACUCCACGGGACACCGCUACCUACAAUGCCUGCUUGUUGAGUCCCCAUCUUCCUCCCACCAAAGGCACCUGCCUGUAUUUUUGGGUUUAUCAGCCUGUCAUACAUGACAGCAAGUUGGUGGUGCAGACGCUUUCCAACAGGACCAAAACUGAGCUUUUGAGCCUCACUGAGGCUGGAGCAGGGUGGAUAAGUUACAAAUUAGAUGUCAUUUCAGAGACUGAGUACCAAAUUGUGUUUGAGGGACUUAAAGGAGUAAAGGGUGUCCUUGCUUUGGAUGACAUUGGCUACACUGAUGGAGUCAACUGUGCUGGAGAGCAGACAGACCAAAUUACUUUAACAUCACCGAACAACACAGGAGUAAUAGUUGCCUCUGUAGCAGUGGCCGUUCUGCUUAUGGUGACGCUAGGUGUUUUACUGUUCCUUUACCUGAGGAUGCGUGAUCAAAGGCAAUCUCAGAUACAGGACUUAAGUGGCGGUGUGACUUAUACAGGCUUUAAUAAUGAAGUGUAUGAAUCGGAUCAUGUUGCUUUACCUUCCGUCUUUAAUCCGGAGCAUGAGCGGGAGGUGGCAUAAAAUGUGUGCUGUCCAAUUUGCUGAAGGGACCAUGUGCAAAUCAUAUGAUCCCACACCAGAAGAACUGCUUUUAUCAUUGCAAACAGAUAUCCAUAAAACACAUCUAAAAGAUUACUUAGUUCUUUUAGUUAAAUUGUUUGUUUUCUGAUUACAAGUUCUGAUUACCCU